AUGUCUGCCGCUCGAGCUGAGUGGAAUAGACUUGCGAAUAACAUUCCUGCUCUUGAGGAAAGAUCUUCUGACAUGGACGAACACUUGGCGCCAUCAGAUAGUGCCUCCGUGGCUCACUUACAUCGACCUUUAGUCGAACUGGUACAGAAGUUGGUAAAGAAUCAGAACGCUCCUAUGUCAAAACCACCCCUCAGAGAGGUGUUAUACUAUGACCCGAAGAGCAAAACCGAACGAGGGACCACACACCCCGAGAUGGUAACAAGAACAAUCAUCGGUCCCCCUCUGGACCAAAUACGUUCACUUCACUGGCAGUGGCAAAGUUUACUUUCGUCACCGUCGCUUCAAUUUGGUCACGAUCUGAAAGAUAGACAGGGAUCGACAGAGAACGCUGUCAUUCCGGCCAUCGUAUGGCAUAUCGCCAGAUUCUCGCUCCUGGAGAUUAUCUUGCCUUCGCCACUAUUUGGGACUCAUUCCAUGUACCGGACGCGGCUACAAGGGACAAGAGUCAAAGGGGUCGUUUACCUCCCCGACUUUCGGAAGUUGAUGCAACAGUUCCUUGACGAAUGGGCGGUAUUCCUGGCCAUUCCUGGGGAUCGAUGCGCUGCAAAAAACCGCUUCACUUGCAUCAUCAUUGUUCACUAUGAUGAGCAUUGCCUUCGAGGUGCACCACGUGUGGCGACACCGCGGCAAGGCGGACGCGCUCCACCAGGACGCAGCAAGUAUCAUAUCCAAUUCCACGUUAUGAUGGAUUAUUGA